UGUCAUUUAAAGUCACCUUAACACACUUCCUCCAUUGUUUUCUCACCAGCAACGGAACGCAGGUCAUCAGCUGUUACAAGUGGUUCCUGAAAGUCCUCCAGAGAAACAAAAACAGCUGUUUCAAUGCAGAUCAUGUAGUAACUGGAAUAUCUGGAAUAGUUGGAAGAUCAUAUAUGUUUAAAUGUGACAAACUUCACAUGUAUGGAAAUAUUGUCAACAUAAUGUGGUACAAGAACUGUACCAGGAUUGUAAACCAAACGGAGGAAGAGUGGCACAUUAACCAGUUAAAAGCUGAAGAUGCUGGGAAAUAUACUUGUGUGGCAUCAUUCUUUCAUGGACAAAAGAUAUACAACAGCACACAUACAAUAAGCCUAACAGUGAAAGGUGCUGAGGAAAGCACAAGACCAAUGCUAAUUGGACCUCAUUAUCAAGUUUACAAAACAGAAAUAGUCGUGAGAAAGGCGGAAAGCAUGUCUCAAAGCGAUUGUGGAUUAAAAGUGUUAAAGAGGAGGACAUCAAUUCUUCAUAUACCUGUGUUUUCUCUUUCAAUGGGCAGAAACCUGCAUAUCAUGUCUCUAUACUUCAAAAAGUGUACUGCAGUGUUGUCUCGUAGUAGUAAGGAGACCAAUCCAGAUCUUCCUGUUCAUACCUUUACUACCGGAAUUCUCAUGGCUAUCCUAUUUUCCUUUGCUGCAGUGUUUUCAGUGAUUCUGUGUGCAGCAUUCAAAGUGGACCUUGUGUUACUGUACAGAGAUAUAACAGGAAAAGAUGAAACACUGGGAGAUGGAAAAAUAUAUGACGCUUUUGUGUCUUACCUGAAAGAAUCUAUGCCUGUGUGUGAUGAGAGAAAAUUUGCAUUGGAAACCUUACCCAAAACAUUAGAGGAGUAUUUUGGAUACAAGCUGUGCAUCUUUGAACGGGAUAUCUUGUCUGGAGGAGCUGUUGUUGAUGAUGUGCAAUCAUUUAUUGACAGAAGUCGAAGAUUGAUCAUUGUACUGAGCAAAAACUACAUCUCUGACAAAGUCAUGUUUGAACUUGAAGUGGGACUCCAUAAAGCUUUAGUUGAAAGAAAAAUUAAAGUAAUAUUAAUAGAGUACACACCUAUAAAGAAUUUUGAGUUCUUGCCUGAGUCUCUGGAACUGCUUUCAUCCAGCCAAGUGUUGAAAUGGAAAGAAGAGAAAUCACUGCCUUUGAAUUCCAGGUUUUGGAAAAAGCUUCGUUGUAUGAUGCCAGCUAAGCCCUGCUUUAGAAACAAACCAGCUGUUCCUAGACUGGGGCAUUCCACAACGGAAUGUCAGCAGUCAGAGCAUUCUACACUGUGCUCUGGGUUUCCAUGAGGAGGAUGUCAUACCAGUUUCCUUUGAGCAAAGUGGAUAUCUUUUUGUCAGAAAUUCUUGUGAUGGCUGGAAGAACAUCGCAAAGGAUUCAGAUGCUGUACAUCCAAGCAGAUGGUUGCCUUCACGCUCAAUGAAGAAUAUAUUAUCUCCAUUUUAUGGACAGAUUUCACCCUGGUGUGUGUGCGUGUGACUGACUGCACAUAAUUGUGUUGAUGUGCUAUCUUUAAUUUCAGAAAUGUCUGCUAGUAGGAAAUAAACUUCCACAGGACUAAAAUGUAACAGCAAAUUAAAAACUACUUCUAGUAGGAUUUAAGCCCUCACCAAAUGAGAGUGAUUCCAUUUCUAGAAGCAGUGCUCCCUCUUUUGGAAAAAAAUGUAUGACUGUGAUUUAAAGGCAGAAACAUGA